AUGCCUCAGAGUCAUUUAGAAAUUUUCAACCCUGGGACUGACGUUGUAGGCCUGCCCUCGUUCACACAGUUCUCAUCACUCCCAGCAGAGAUACGAGUCUCAAUAUGGACAUGGUCUCUACGACAUCAAAGAAUCAUCAAAAUCUUCCUCAGGUUACACGCCAGCCUCUGUGUAAAUCGUACUAGGAAGGGCAUUCACUCUCCUUCGCUAAAACCCGGGGAGGAUGGUCCACCCUACUAUCCGGUUGUUGACGGCCGCCAACUCCUCAGCAAGCUUCUCAGAGUCAAUGCAGAAUCCAGACAGGUAGCGCUGUCGUUUCAUAGGGUUCAUCUCCCCUGUUGGUUGACGGUCGGAGAAUCCAAACAUCGCCUCACCCCCUGGACUUCCGGAACGGUCCAUUAUAAUCCUGAAUAUGAUUUUUUCCAUAUAAAGCAAGACACAAAGGCUAUAAUUGACUUUGUCUGCGACUUGAAGACAAAGUAUGAUCCGCGUAAUAUCGGACUCAGAAACCUUGCCCUCGGCCGCGAUCAGCUGGGAGGACGUCCAACCGGUCUUGACGCAAUAGGGCCAUUAGAAAUUACAGCCGCAAAAGUGAGAACCUUCAAGGAAAUUAUCAGUGAGCUCAAUGAAGUUUGGUUGGUCUCUAUCCAGGAAUGCACUCGGCAGAUGAUUGGCGAUGAAACUGGAUGGCCAACAAUCCACAAGAGGUUCCUCGACAGAUCAUUUCCCAUUCAUGCCACACCACACAGCUUCGAUCGUAUUGGGCCUGAUCCUCGUACUAUCGAAAACUGUCUAAGCCAUCUUCACGUCCACGAUCCAAAGCGUUUAUAUGAUUCAUGGCUUCAAGUUCUCGAAAGGAUAGGAGUAAAACCAUGUGAAGAACGAUACCGUCUGUUGCUCGCUUUUCGUCCUGGUCACAACAUAUGUAAGCUCAGGGAUGCUGAGGAUUGGUUGCAGCGGGAAGAAAGUAGAUGGACAGCAAAGCCUGACAGUAGGAGGCCUUCCUAUGAACAAGAAAUAGAGAGUGUUGCAGCUUCGGAAACCCCAGAAAUUCGAGAUGAAGAUCUCAGCAAGGCUGUGAGGCCGGCUUUUGGAUUUUGGCUUUUUCCUGUCGAUGCAUUCUCCGAUGAGAACGAAUCUGCAGAGCCACAGGAUACGAGUGAUUCUUUUGAUGUUAGAAAGCAUCGGCCUGAGCUGGUGCUCCUCAGGCUGAAUGGAGGGGAGACGGAUCGGAAUGUGUCGAGAGAGGUUGAGGCUCACCAUAGUCUCGCCUUUGAACCUCGGUUACGAGGACUACCGAUGCGAAAGAAAAUAACAUCAAAUGUCGGGAGAGUUAGACAUCCUCGUCCGUCGUAUACUACCGAAGACGUGAGUCAAGAGUCAUGAUGUUGGAACUCAAGCUUAUAGUCUAUUCAUACGCCAUUUUAAUGUCUAAACCCGUCUUUCUUCC